UAACCAUGCUUGAGGAAUUCUGCAAUUCCACUUUCUGGAAUUCCUCGCUCCUGGAUAGUCCAGAGGUGGACCUGCCUCUUUGUUUUGAGCAGACUGUUCUCGUGUGGAUUCCUCUGGGCUUCCUCUGGCUGCUGGCCCCUUGGCAGCUUUUCUCUGUAUACAGAUCUCGGACAAAGAAAUCUCCUAUAACCAAGCUCUAUCUUGCUAAGCAGGUGCUUGUUGGAAUUCUGCUCAUUCUAGCAGCCAUAGAGCUGGCUCUUGUGCUCACAGAAGAGUCUGGACAAGCCACAUUCCCUGCUAUUAAAUAUACCAAUCCAAGCCUGUACCUUGGCACCUGGCUCCUAGUCUUGUUCAUUCAACAUAGCAGACUAUGGUGCAAACAGAAGGACUCUUGGUUCCUGUCUCUGUUUUGGAUUCUUUCCAUCAUCUGUGGCACUUUCCAAUUUCAAACUCUGAUCCGAGCACUCAUAAAGGACAGCAGCUCUAAUCUGGCCUACUCCUGCCUGUUCUUCAUUUGCUAUGCCUGCCAGAUCCUGGUCCUGUUUCUUUCAGCGUUUUCAGAAAAAAAUGAUUCAGAAGAUAAUCCAUCAUCCACAGCCUCAUUUUUGAGUCGCAUAACCUUCAGCUGGUAUGACAGCAUUGUCCUGAAAGGCUAUAAGAAACCUCUGACAAUCGAAGACAUCUGGGAAGUAUAUGAUGAGAUUAAAACCAAGACGCUCGUCAGCAAGUUUGAAGCCUGUAUGGCAAGGGAGCUGCCAAAGGCGAGGCGAGCCCUUCAGAGACGCCAGCGCAAGUGCCCCCAGCAAAACUCUAGGACCCUGGACAAGAACCAUAGUCAAAGUCAAGACGACCUUGUCAUGGAAGAAGUUAAAAAGAAAAAGAAGUCAUCUGAGAGCAAAGAAGACUAUCCCAAGUCCUGGCUGGUCAAGGCUCUUUUCAGAACUUUCUACAUGGUACUCCUCAAGUCCUUCGUGCUGAAGCUCGUGCAUGACCUCCUCAUGUUUUUGAAUCCUCUGCUGCUGAAGUGGCUGAUCUCCUUUGCAAACAACCCUGACGCAUAUUCCUGGUUGGGUUAUAUCUACUCCAUCCUCUUCUUUGCUGUGGCCCUCAUCCAGUCUUUCUGUCUCCAGCAAUACUUUCAACUGUGCUUCACGUUGGGUAUGAAUGUGCGGACAACUAUCUUAGCUUCUGUCUAUAAGAAGGCACUGACCCUGUCCAAUCAGGCCAGGAAGCAGUACACCAUUGGAGAGACUGUGAAUCUGAUGUCUAUAGAUGCCCAGAAGCUCAUGGAUGUGACCAGUUUCCUUCAUCUGUUGUGGUCAAAUGUGCUGCAGAUUGUCUUAUCUAUCUUUUUCUUAUGGGGAGAGCUGGGACCUUCUGUCUUCGCAGGUGUGGGCAUAAUGAUGCUCUUAAUACCAAUUAAUGGGUUUCUUGUGACUAAGAGUCGGACUAUUCAGGUGAACAACAUGAAGAAUAAAGACAAACGUUUGAAGAUCAUGAAUGAGGUGCUCAAUGGAAUCAAGAUCCUGAAAUAUUUUGCCUGGGAACCUUCAUUCAAAAGUCAAGUACAUGAUCUUCGUAAGAAAGAGCUCAAGAACCUGCUGUUGUAUGGGCAGCUGCAGUCCUUAAUAGUUUUCCUCCUGUACAUAGCCCCUGUCCUGGUGUCUGUGAUCACAUUUUCUGUCUACGUCUUGGUAGAUAGCAAUAAUAUUUUGGAUGCAGAAAAGGCCUUCACCUCCAUCACACUUUUCAACAUUCUGCGCUUCCCACUCACCAUGCUCCCCAUGGUGAUGUCUGCCGUAAUUCAGGCCAGUGUCUCCACAGAUCGACUGGAGAAGUACUUGGGAGGGGAUGACUUGGACACCUCAGCCAUUCGACAGGACAAGAGUUUUGACAAAGCUGUGCAGUUUUCUGAGGCCACUUUUUCCUGGGGCCUGGACUUGGAAGCCGCCAUCCGAGAUGUGAAUCUGGAUGUUAUGCCAGGCACGCUAGUGGCUGUGGUGGGCACUGUGGGCUCCGGGAAAUCCUCCUUGAUGUCAGCCCUGCUUGGAGAAAUGGAACAUAUCCAUGGGCACAUCACCAUCAAGGGCACCAUCGCCUAUGUCCCCCAGCAGGCAUGGAUUCAGAAUGGCACUAUCAAGGAUAACAUCCUUUUUGGCUCAGAAAUGGAAGAAAAGAGGUACCAGCAAGUUCUGGAGGCCUGUGCCCUCCUCCCUGACUUGGAAAUACUGCCUGGAAGAGACCUGGCAGAGAUUGGAGAAAAGGGUAUCAACCUCAGUGGGGGUCAGAAGCAGCGGAUCAGCCUGGCCAGAGCCACCUAUCAGAAGUCAGACAUCUAUAUUCUGGAUGACCCCCUAUCUGCUGUGGAUGCUCAUGUGGGAACACACAUUUUCAAUAAGGUCUUGGGUCCCCAAGGCCUAUUGAAAGACAAGACUCGACUUUUGGUUACACAUGGCAUUCAGUUUCUUCCCCAAGUGGAUGAGAUUGUCGUUCUGGGAAAUGGCACCAUCCUGGAAAAGGGAUCCUACAGCUCACUACUGGCCAAGAAAGGAUUGUUUGCUAAGUACCUGAAGACUUUUGCAAAGCAGACAGGAUCCGAGGGAGAGGCCACAGUCAAUGAGGAUAGUGAAGAAGACGAGUGUGGUCUCAUGCCUAAUAUGGAGGAAGUUCCUGAGGACGCUGUCUCCUUGGCCAUGAAAAGAGAAAACAGCCUUCGAAGAACACUUAGUCGCAGUUCUAGGUCGGGUAUCAGGCAUCGGAAGUCUCUAAAGAACUCUUUGAAGACACAGAAUAUGGCUCCUCAGAAGCAGGAGGAGAAACAAGUGAAAGGACAAAAGCUCAUUGAGAAGGAAUUCAUGGAAACUGGCAAGGUGAAAUCCAUCAACUAUCUGAAAUACCUACAAGCCAUUGGAUGGGUCUUUAUAUUCUUCAUCGUCUUCUCCUAUGUCUUAAAUUCUGUGGCUUUUAUUGGAUUCAACCUCUGGCUCAGUGCUUGGACUGGGGACUCUAAAAUUUACAAUAGCACCAACUACCCAGCCUCUCAGAGGGACAUGAGAGUCGGCGUCUAUGGAGCUCUAGGAGUAGCACAAGGCCUGUCUGUACUCAUGGCAAAUAUCUUGUGUGCACAUGGUUCCAACCAUGCAUCCAACAUCCUCCACAUGCAACUGCUGAACAAUAUGCUGCGUGCACCCAUGAGUUUUUUUGACACGACACCCAUAGGUCGGAUUGUAAACAGGUUUUCUGGAGAUAUUUCCACGGUGGAUGACACACUACCUAUGUCCCUGCGCAGCUGGAUUUUGUGCUUCCUGGGCAUCAUCAGCACCCUGGUCAUGAUCUGCUUGGCGGCUCCCGCCUUCAUCAUCGUCGUCAUUCCUCUCAGCAUCAUUUAUGUGUUUAUUCAGAUAGUUUAUGUGACAACCUCCCGCCAGCUGAGACGCCUGGACUCAGUCACCAGGUCCCCCAUCUACACCCACUUCAGCGAGACUGUGUCGGGUCUGCCUGUGAUCCGGGCCUUUGAGCACCAGCAGCGAUUCCUGAAGCACAAUGAGAAGGCAGUCGACACCAACCAGAAGUGCGUCUUCUCCUGGAUCACCUCCAACAGGUGGCUUGCGAUUCGUCUGGAGCUGGUUGGCAACCUGAUAGUCUUCUUCGCUUCCUUGCUGAUGGUGAUCUACCGAGGAACACUGAGUGGGGACAUUGUGGGCUUCGUUCUGUCUAAUGCCCUCAAUAUCACUCAAACCCUGAACUGGCUAGUGAGGAUGACCUCAGAAGUGGAGACCAACAUCGUGGCUGUGGAGCGAAUCAACGAGUACAUAAAAGUGGAAAGCGAAGCUCCCUGGGUGAUGGAGAAGAGGCCUGCAGAGGGUUGGCCCAGCAAAGGGGAGAUUCGCUUUAACAACUAUCAAGUGCGGUACCGGCCCGAGCUGGAUCUGGUGCUGAAAGGGAUCACAUGUGACAUCAAGAGCACAGAAAAGAUUGGUGUGGUGGGCAGGACAGGAGCUGGAAAAUCCUCCCUGACAAACUGCCUCUUCAGAAUCCUAGAGGCUGCAGGCGGCCAGAUCACUAUUGAUGGGCUGGACAUCGCGUCCAUCGGGCUCCACGACCUCCGGGAGAAGCUGACCAUCAUCCCUCAGGACCCCAUCUUGUUCUCUGGAAGCCUGAGGAUGAAUCUAGAUCCUUUCAACAACCACUCGGAUGAGGAAGUUUGGAAGGCCUUAGAGCUGGCCCACCUGAAAUCCUUUGUGUCCGGCCUGCCCCUGGGGUUGUCCCAUGAAGUGACAGAGGCUGGCGACAACCUGAGCAUCGGGCAGAGGCAGUUGCUAUGUUUGGCUAGGGCUCUGCUGCGCAAAACCAAAAUCCUGAUUAUGGAUGAGGCCACAGCAGCAGUGGAUCUGGAGACAGACCAUCUUAUUCAAAUGACCAUCCGAAGUGAGUUCGCCCACUGCACGGUGCUCACCAUUGCUCACAGACUGCACACCAUCAUGGACAGCGACAAAGUCAUGGUCUUAGACAAAGGACAGAUCGUGGAGUACGGCAGCCCGGAGGAGCUACUGCAGAAGUCUGGACCCUUUUAUUCCAUGGCCAAGGAAGCUGGUGUGGAAAAUGUGGACAGCACAACCCUGUGACCGCAGGACCUUGUUCUAGAAGGAUGCUCAGGUCCUUCCUUCUGAACUUGAGUGCAAGUGGGAAACAGUCCUUUUUCAGAAGAACCAUGCCAGGCACUGUGCCCACUACCCAGGUUCAGAAAAGGAGUGUUUUGGGGGUUACCAGACCUCCCGACUCAGGAGUCCACUUUGAUCUCACUCCUCUCCCACUGCCUCCAACCCUUGAUGACCACCACGUGUGCCAGGGAGGCCCCAAACUUCUGUAUAUAGCCCUAAACAAUGUAUAUUUUCUAAAAGCCAGAUAAAUGCCUGGCACCUGCUA